AUGUCGAAACACAUCAGAUACACGCAUGACCCCGCUUUGCUUCGGACUGCAUUAUUACGGGACGCUCUCACACAUUCGAUUCUAUGCAGGGAAGCUCUCAUGGUCAGCCAGGAUUCUUCAGUUCAAUUCUCCACCUACACUCCGCACGUUGCGAUUGUUACUGGCGGUGCACAGGGCAUCGGGCAGGCAAUCGCUCUUCGUCUCGCGGAUGACGGCAUUGAUAUCGCAGUCAACGACAUUCAAUCAAAGCAGAAUCAGAUAGAUAACCACAUACGUAUCUCUGCUCUAGUCGAGAAGACAGCACAGGAGCUUGGAGGUGUCGACAUCAUGGUUGCGAAUGCGGGUAUCGCAUACAGUCUCCCACUUUUGGAGACGCCAACCGACAAACUCGACACCAUCUAUGCUGUUAACAUACGCGGUGUCUUCCUGUGUCUCAAAUAUUCUGGGUUACAAAUGGUAAAGCAAGAGCGUGGAGGACGAUUGAUAGCUGCGAGCUCCAUAUGUGGCAAGCAGGGUGCACUAAACCUCUCAGCCUACUCGGCUUCAAAGUUCGCAAUCCGUGGUAUAGUUCAAUCCGCAUCCAUGGAAUUGCGCAAAUACGGUAUCACAGUAAAUGCGUAUGCACCUGGAUACGUUAACACUGCCAUGCUCACGAGCACAGAGGCGGACGCCAGCUUAAAAGAAGCUGCCAAAACUGUUCCAACUGCGGAGCCCGAAUCCAUUGCCAGUAUUGUCUCCCACAUCGCCAAGCCGGAGUCUUACUUCGUCAACGGCCAGAGUGUUUCUGUAAACGGUGGAAUUUACUUCGAUUAA